AUGUUAUCCAAACCAUGGAAAACUUGUAGUCGUAAUUUUAAACCCUUUUUUAAACAAAUCUUUUUAAAACGAUAUUUUGUAACUAAUAAUAUAUCUAAACUACGUGAUCGUGGAAUUUUUCAGGACAUAUUUCCCGAUACUGCUAGUAAAGAAAUUGCAGAUUUAAUUAAUGGGGGUCCACAAACUGUUUAUGCUGGAUUUGAUCCAACCGCUGAUAGUUUACAUAUUGGAAAUUUAUUAGUUUUAGUUUCGUUAUUGCAUUUGCAACGUGCUGGGCACCAAGUUAUUGCCUUGGUUGGAGGUGCAACAGCUCAAGUUGGAGACCCAAGCGGAAGAUUAACAGAGAGAUCCGAAAUAUCUAAAGAUAUUGUACAGAAAAAUACUGAACGUAUUCAUGCGAAUAUUGAACAAAUUUUUAAGAAUCAUGAAAAAUAUUUAUGGACAGACAGAGGACACCAAAGUCCUUUGAAACCACCUGUAAUCAUAAACAAUGCAGAUUGGUAUAAAAAUAUUGAUGCAAUACAAUUUAUGAGAAUAGCUCGACAUUUUCGAAUGGGUUCGUUAAUGAAUCGAACAUCGAUUAGAGAACGUUUAUCAUCCCCGCAAGGAAUGAGCUGUGCUGAAUUUAUGUAUCAAAUAUUUCAAUCCUAUGAUUGGUUAUAUUUACUGGAUAAAUAUAACUGUCGAUUUCAAAUUGGUGGCAGUGAUCAGUUAGGUAAUAUAAAAUCUGGACAUGAUCUAAUUGGGAAAUUUCAUAAAACAAAAUGUUAUGGUUUAACUUUACCAUUGAUAACGACGGAAUCUGGUGAAAAAUUAGGUAAAUCAGCUGGUAAUUCUGUAUGGUUGUUUUCGGAUCGAAGUUCAGAAUUUUCAUUUUAUCAAUAUUGGAUUCGACAAAAAGAUAUUGAUUCACUUAAAUUAUUAAAAUUAUUUACAUUUUUAAAACAACCAGAAAUAGAUCAUUUAGAAGCGUUACAGAAGAAAAAUCCUUCGGAACGGCCAGCUUUAAAAAAGCUUGCACAAGAAGUUACUUUAUUAGUUCAUGGAGAAAAUGGUGUAAAAACUGCAGAAAAGGUUUCCGAUGCUUUGUAUUCGAACAAACUUAAAUCAUUAGAAAUUUUACAAGCCAAUGAAUUAGCGCAAGCAUUUGAAGGUGCUAGAACUGUUGAAUUAUUACCAGAACCUGGUUUAACUGUUUUAGAUUUAGCAUUAAAAGCUAAAUGUUUUCCAUCUCAACAUGAUGCGCUUAGAAUUAUAUCAGCUGGAGGUUUUUAUAUUAACCAUCAACGUGCAAAAAACAUUAAUGAAGCGAUUGUACCUGGCAUUCAUAUAUUACCAACGAAUACAACUUUAAUACGGGUUGGGAAGAAAAAUUAUCAUAUAGUACGGUGGAUUAAGUAGCCAGAAAG